AUGGCGAUGGCUAUGAGACUCCCGGCGAUAGUUAGAGCGGCGACGGAAAUGGCUGCGUCUCCGGUUGGAUUGAGACGGCUGUUCUGUUCGAACGCUACUAAGUUUUCAUUUCUUUCUCCUCAGUCUGGAACCGAAGCUCCGGCUCGUCCUCAGGCGGAACCCAGCACCAAUCUCUUCGUCUCCGGGCUUAAUAAGCGCACUACUUCUGAAGGACUGAGGACAGCUUUCGCUCAGUUUGGAGAAGUUGCCGACGCUAAGGUUGUCACAGACAGACUAUCAGGAUUUUCCAAAGGGUUUGGAUUUGUUAGAUAUGCCACUUUAGAAGAUUCUGCAAAAGGCAUAGCCGGAAUGGAUGGGAAGUUUCUUGAUGGUUGGGUCAUAUUCGCAGAGUACGCAAGACCAAGAGAGCAAUCGCAGUCGUAUCAACCUCAGAACAACAUGUCUCGUCCUCCUUAUGGUAACCGCUAUUGA